AUGGACCCCAGACUGAAGCUGGGAAAAGAGCAUAGAAUUGACCCAAAGCCCCUGAAUUCCUGCGACCCCCAUACAAUUCAGAGACGAUCUCGACAUCUGCUGAGGCCCUCGCUGAACUCAAGAGCUUGUGGGGAAGACUCACAGGUGCGGCCCUGUCUCCUCAAUGAAAACUGUUUCCAGUUCCAGUACAACCUCACAGAGUGGAGUACAUGCCAGCUGAGUGAAAACGCUUCCUGUGGCCAGGGCGUGAGGACUCGUCUGCUGAGCUGUGUGCGCAGUGACGGCAAGCCAGUUGGCAUGGACCAUUGUGAGCAGCAUAAUCUAGAAAAACCCCAGAGGAUGAGCAUCCCCUGUUUGGUGGAAUGUGUGGCCAACUGUCAGCUCUCAGGAUGGACGGCAUGGACAGAGUGUUCGCAAACCUGUGGCCAAGGAGGUCGAAUGAGCCGGACUCGAUCUAUCAUUAUACCAACCCAAGGAGAAGGACGGCAGUGCCCCACAGAGCUCACCCAGCAGAAACCCUGCCCAGUCAUACCCUGCUACAGCUGGAUCCUUGGCAACUGGUCUGCUUGUAAAUUGGAGGGUGGACAUUGUGGGGAAGGAGUGCAGCUGCGCAGCUUCUCCUGCGUAGUCCACAACGGCUCAAUAUCCCACACAGCUGUCCACGUGGAGGAUGCCCUGUGUGGAGAAGUGCCCUUCCAAGAAGGAACCCUGAAGCAGCUGUGCUCUGUGCCUUGCCCAGGAGACUGCCAUAUAACCCCGUGGUCAGAGUGGAGCAAGUGUGAGCUAACCUGUAUCGAUGGGAGAAGCUUGGAGACCACCGGCCGCCAGUCCAGGUCAAGAACUUUCAUAAUUCAGUCUUUUGAGAAUCAAGACAGCUGCCCCCAGCAGGUUCUAGAAACACGACCUUGUACAGGUGGCAAAUGUUACCACUAUGCAUGGAAAGCAAGUCUUUGGAACAAUAACCAACGGACUGUUUGGUGCCAGCGUUCCGAUGGCCUGAACGUCACAGUUUUAACGCUGCCCUUAAGUGCAUCAACUUCUCAAUCGAAUUAUCUUGAAACCUAUUUCAUGUCUGUUCGCACUUUGAACCAGUACUGUGCAUGGAUAAAUCCACAAAUAACUGAUAUUGCCUUUGUAGGCGGCUGCUCCCCUCAGGCACGCCCAGCUGCUAUUCGGCAGUGCAUUCCAGCUUGCAGAAAACCUUUCUCCUACUGCACACAGGGCGGAGUCUGUGGCUGUGAGAAGGGUUACACAGAGAUAAUGAGAUCAAGUGGUUUCCUGGAUUACUGCAUGAAGGUGCCUGGCUCAGAGGACAAAAAAGCUGAUGUGAAAACCCUUCCUGGGAAAAACAGACCUGUCAAUUCCAAAAUACACGACAUUUUUAAAGGGUGGUCUCUUCAACCUCUUGACCCAGAUGGCCGAGUAAAAAUGUGGGUUUAUGGCGUUUCAGGUGGCAGUUUUCUUAUCAUGAUUUUCCUAGUAUUUACUUCCUAUCUUGUUUGCAAGAAGCCAAAACCACAUCAAAGCACACCUCGCCAUCAGAAGCCACUGACCUUGGCCUACGAUGGAGACUUGGACAUGUAACUUGAAAAAGGAAUCCAAAUGUAGACAUCAACUGCUGCCUUAAAUGCUUUCUCUUUUGUAGCUCUCAGACUUCUCAGUUAUUUGAGGAAUCUCACACGAUGUGAUACCUUGGGCGAAAUACAAACACUGAAAAUGUACUAGUGCCCCAACUUCAUUUGGACAUGGAGUCAAGGAUUACUGGGUCUGCCAUUUUGUUUUCAAGUUGUUUGUGGGUGUGAGUGUUUUACUUUUUUGGUUUUCCCAAGAGGCCUGAAAACCCUUCUCUUCCUGUUUGAAAAUGAGAGGAAGAAAACAUGAAGGAUUUCCCACAGACUUGAGUAAACUUGAUCUUCAGCCGCAUAUUGACAAUCCACGGGAAAGUCCAAUCAAGGCAUUUAUUGUAAAUGGCGAGUCUGACACUGUAUUGUUACGCACUAUAUUAGUGCAGAGUCCUUAUUCCCAUACUUCAACAUGAGUUUUCUAGAGUUUACAUUGGUUCAAAAACUUUCCAAUUGGAUUGCCUAUUUUCAUGAACACAGAAAGAAUGGGUUACCAUUUCUGAAGUUAUCUGAGUUUUUACCUUUAAAUAUUGUAUUUUAUUUUGUAGUCAGGGAAUGAUGGCACUUUGUGGACUGCAUCUGUUGAGACAGAAGAGUGUGCAUUAUAGCUGGACUAGAGUAAAACGGGUGAUUUCUGGAUGAAAUGUGUACUGAGUGUAGCUAAUGAAGUAGGUGAUUGUACUGGAGAAUGAGGUAGACUAUUUGAUAACUAAAACUGUAUUUUAACAAAAACUUAGCUGUGUAGAUAUAGCAUUAACCACACACAGUUGUAGUUCAGUUUAAUGUUGACCAAAAUAUGCUUUUGUAAUUUCAAUUUUCUUAUCUGAAUAUUUAUAAAUUAUUUUGAAUUUAAUUAUCUGACCUCAUUUAAUAUACAUUGAACACCGAUCCCGUUUGUAGCGAGUCUUGUUUUUAUAAGGUUUCAAUAAUAUCUAAAACAACACAUUAAAAACCUGAGACCAUUUUAUGAGCUAAUCGUUUGUAAUCCCGGAUGUUGGAAGUAAGAAGGUGCCAUUGUGUGCUAUGGAUUUGUCUUUAUAACAAAUAAAGUGCUCAAGAGACUGUAA